GUUAAGCCAUUAAGACGAAAUCGAUCGCCAAUCCUAUGAAUGACACGCGUUGAACGGUUAGAAAGACAGUGAAAUGAACCAUAGACACUGCUCCUCUAAACUGAUCAAUGUUGAGUUGACUCUUUAACUCGGGCAGAGUGCAGACAGAAGAACUUCGCCGUUCUAAAUCAGCGCGAAGCUGAAGCUGUGUAGCUUUAAACUUGCUUGACUCUUCAGUAUCUUCAUCAUGGAAUGCAAGAAUCAGAAAGGAAUCGGCAAUUCCUCGUCUACUUCUUCAAGGCUUAUCUUGUACUCUUACUGGCAGAGUUCGUGUUCAUGGCGUGUCCGUUUCGCUUUGAACCUUAAAGGUCUUUCCUAUGAGUACAAAGCAGUGAACCUUCUAAAAGGUGAACAAUUUAGUCCAGAGUUUGAAAAAUUAAAUCCUCUUCAUUAUGUCCCAGUGUUAGUUGAUGGUAACGUUGUGGUCUCAGAUUCCUAUGCAAUCUUGCUGUAUUUAGAGGAAAAUUAUCCUCAGAGACCGCUGUUACCGGCUGAUCCUCAGCUAAGAGCUUUGAAUCUCCAGGCUGCCAGCAUCGUCAACUCUAGCAUACAGCCUCUUGUUAUGCUAUCAUUGCUGAAAUAUAUUGAGGAGAAAUUUGGUUCUGAAGAGCGAAAUAUAUGGGCUAAAUCAAACUUAGAAAAAGGUUUCCUAGCUCUUGAGAAAUUGUUGAAAGAUUAUGUUAGCAGAUAUGCCACAGGAGAAGACGUAUUCAUGGCUGAUGUUUUCCUGGCACCACAAAUUGGAGUUGUUACAAGGUUCAACAUUGAAAUGUCCAAAUUCCCUACUUUAAGUAGGCUAUAUGAAUCAUACAAGGCUUUACCAGAAUUCAUAGCCUCGUCACCAAAAAGACAACCAGAUGCUUUGAGCUAAUUCCGUUGCCAAUGAUGUUGAUGGAGCUGAGUCUGUCAAAGAAAAUAAACAUGUUGAUGAGCCUUUCUAGGGACGUAUAUUCCAUUCCUCCAUCCAAAUCAGUUCAUUGCAUGGAAUGAGAUUUUAAGAUUAAAUUA